UACACGAGCGAGAAACGGAGGUGUGUGACAAGAUCUCCCUAUUCUGCGCCUGGACGUCCAAACCUUGAAGAGAAACAAAGUCAUAGUAAAAUACAUUUUAAAAAUCAAGACAAGGAAAGGGAGACCGUUUCAAGGAGAAAUGCUAACGGAUCACUUUGCACCGGCAAACGUUGACACUACUCUGAUCAAUUUGUAAUAAUUCAGCCGCCGCUUUCACACGGUGAAGGCAAUGCGUAAAGUUGCAUUCAGAAGUUGGUGAAAGUUGUCAUCCUGGUGAGCAGAUAAUAGGACGGAGAUGUUCAGUCCAUUAUGGGGUUUCUAAUGUGGAUGUAGAAUAGAAAUCUUGGAAGAGUCUUCGGAUGACCGACGCAUUUUGGAUGUUACCUUUGUUUUGGGGCUAUUCUCUGAGAUUCCUUAGAGGCGGUUGCAAUACAAAACAAUAAGAAAGGAUUCCUCUCAGGUGGCACAUCUGCCAUGUUUGGAUGGAUUAGAUUGGUACUAUAACCAAGAUUAUCAAGAAUUUAUUUUUAUUUUUAUUGUGUUUGAUCCAAACGACAGCUGAAAUUUUAGUACAACUGUCCAACUCACCUUCGGAAUUACAAUCAUGAACAUUGGCAGUUUUGUACAAUUAUUAUUUGCAGCGCUUCUUCAGCUUCAUUUGUAUGCAGUUAAGACAGCCCACAUACCCAAGAACGGGGAGAAGAGUAAACAUGACGUGGUCCCGUUCAUGGACGUGUAUAACAAGAGCAUGUGUCGGACACGGGAGAUGCUGGUGAACAUCUUCCAGGAGUAUCCAGAUGAGAUUGAGCACACCUACAUCCCCUCGUGCGUGGUGCUCAUGCGCUGCGCUGGAUGCUGCAACGAUGAGGCGCUCGAGUGUGUCCCCACGGAAACAAAAAAUGUUACCAUGGAGGUAAUACAAGUGAAACAGAGAGUAUCGCAGCAUAAUUUUCAGUUAAGUUUCACAGAACAUCGAAAGUGUGAAUGCAGACCAAAGCCAGAAGUUAAGGCAAAGAAAGAAAACCACUGUGAGCCUUGCUCAGAGAGAAGAAAGCGCUUGUUUGUGCAGGACCCUCUCACCUGUAAAUGUUCCUGCAAAUUCACACAAUUAGACUGCAAGUCAAGACAACUUGAGUUAAACGAAAGAACUUGCAGAUGUGACAAACCAAGGAGAUGAGAUGAGGAGGGGGAGAGUGGGACAAUGAAAUGAAGGAAUAUUUUCUUGGCACAGCACUUUGAAACCUGAGGACGCAUUCCCUGGAUGGACAGAAAAUUACAACGCAAGAAAGAACGAGCAAUCGAGAACGAUGGAGAGAGACUGAGAUAACAACAUGCUGUUGUAUAUUUCUAAGAUAAUAUAUAUAUAUAUAUAUAUAUAUAUAUAUAUUCUAAAAGGACAAUGACGAUGUGUAUUGCUGCUAUGAAAAAUGAAACAUUAUAAAGUGAACGAAUGCGCCACUGUCUGGCGUGUGAAUUGGACAAAUGUUUAGUUGCCAGGGUGUUUGAACGUGGACAGGACUGAGAGUUUGUCAGAAUACAUUUUAUUUUAUUUAACACUUCACUGGAUCUUGGUCUGCUGUGGAUAUGAGUAUCUUAAAUAUAUCUAUAUAAAAAUUAAGCGAAAUUGUGACCAUAACUUCACUGAGAGGUGCAACGGGAACAUGUUUCUCAUCGGACCUCUGAAGGUCUAGAGAACUGUCAGAAAGCAGAACUACUUCCUCUACGGGGUGAAGUUUUUGUCACCACUGUAUCGACUAACACCAGAUAGGACUCGGUGUGAGAAUACUUCUAAAGGGAUAUUAAAUGUAGGUAUAUAUGGAGACGAGAGAAUACUGAACUUGAUUCCAUCUUCCGCCAAGGAACAGUGGCAUUUAACUCACCACUAUCAAAAUCAAUGAUCUCUAUUUGCUUUGUUUAAUGUCUUCAUUUGUUUUCCAAAGAUAUAAUUGCACACACACAUUAAAGAAUAGUCCAUUAUAGAAAAAAUAACGAUCUGUAUAUACUUACCUAAUAUCCCUUUGUCUAGUACACUACAUCUAAUUUAUAAUGCUAGAAUAUUUUCAGUAUUCUGUGCAUUUAAUUUAUAUAUUUAUAUACAGUGUUAUGGUUGAUAUUGAUUUUACUUCUUCACUUGGCAAUGUUAUCACCAAUCUAUUUGGCCAUGGAAAACAUUGAAAACUGUAGACGUAUUUCUUUUUUUCUUUUUUUAAAGAAGGAAAAAAAGAACAGAAAGAUAAAACUUCAACAUUCCUGAAAAUGAGAUAUUGUAUGUUUUGUUGGGCUAGAGGGGCUGGGAGCAUGUGUCUUGAUUUUGUUACAAACGAACCCCGCCACAAACAUGUUUGUAAAAAGACACACAGCCAACGUUGCAGUUUUAAGCUCGAGUCGGGACAUGUGUUUUUGUACUUGAGUGCCCGAAGACACGUCAUGAGGAGGACUGAGGGCGUCUCACUGACCGUGGUCAUCUUGGGCAAACUCCACAGUGAGAGACUGAGACUCUGGCCAGCCCAGUUUGGCCAGAACAGGACUUGACAUAGUGGGGAACCAGGAGCAGUAGAAGGAGAUGAUGCUCUCUACCCUUUUAUGAAAAAAAGAAACAUUCUAUUUGUAUUUCAGUGUCAGAAAUACUUUUUUGUUUGUUGUAUCAUGUACAGACACAUUUUUAGUAUAUUUUCACAUUAAUAUAUUUAUUGGUGCUGUAAAAUUAUCCAUUUUACAAUAGUAACAUAAUUUUUUGUUUUUAGUGUAACUAUUAACUAUAUUUAUUUAGAAAAUAUAUUGUUUUUUAUUAAACAGAAAAUGCAGAUCUC